CUUCGUUGUAGACAAGCCAAGUCUUGCGAGACUUUCCACAACGUUAUUCACCAAUAAUGGCGCUUCUUUAUCGCGGAGAAUCACGGAAAAAGAUUUUGAGGCACCCUAUUUUCUGGAUGAAGAUCGCCGAGAUUGUAAGUGAGGGGUUUUCUCUCUCCUGCGUUCACAGAACGGAAGUCUCUGUUUGUAGCCAUUUAAGCUUACAAGUGUUACAGAAGUGUAGUUUAUUAGGAAAAUUGACAUCCUCUUGCAAUAUAAAUCAUCUUUCAAAUAUAAACUUUAUUUGUCGGGAAUUUACUAGAGCCUGCUUUUUGUAACACUCGCUACGUAUUAAGAUUGUGUAAUUUCUUAAAUAAACAACGUGCAAGUAUUCUCGCACGUAAAAGUUGUGAUAGUAGAGCGGGUUUCCAGUAAGGAUGUAACUUUUCUCUCCGUUUUAUACCAAAAUGCCCAAGCUGUCAGUUCGAUUUUGUUCAUUUCUCCAACUGUGUCGAAAUUCAAAUUGCCUUGCUCAUGUUUCCUGCUUUUUAACCUGAUCCGAUUUCAAAAUAUUACUUCACAACAGAGUAUCAAAUGUAGCAGCCUCGUGUAGAUCCAUGCAUUGCCGAAAGUUAGAAACAAACUACGCGACAUAAGUUUUUUUGUGAUUUGUGCCAUAAUUAUUUUCUUAAAUGCCUAACCGUUAUAGCUGACACAUUGAUCUUUUUUCUUGCAUACUGCGAUUUUAUCAUCCUCUUUAUUUUGGUUAUUAAGAGUGUUUAUUUUAAGAAAGCAUGUCCUAACGGGUCAAUUUCACCGGUCGAUUCUAAUGUCACGACUUCCCCAACAUCACGCUUUCGUUCGAUCAAGUGCUCAAGAAAUCAGGAAUUUUUCAGAUGACACUUAAUUAAUAUGGUGUAAAUUUUGAAUUCUAUGUGGGUAUUAAAGAUGCGUGAUGACAUUCCAGACACAAUUUAAGAGGAUGUUAAAAAUAUGAAAGAGAAUAUGAUUUUUUUAAAAAGAUGUUUACAGGGAAUUAUGAGGAAAAUGUUCCCAAGGUUUGACUGAUCAAAAACUCAUGAUUUCCAUUUUUCUUUUUCAACAGGUCCUUGGUUUGAUUAUUUUUCCAUUAUGCAUCACGUACAAUGGAAAGGGUGGAAUCUAUGUGACAAACACUACAAGGAGUCUUAACUUUACGGUUAAAUACCCUUUUGAAUAUAACAACGAGACUAUAGUCUUCACUGGUGAAGACAACCCUGUCGGCAACUUCAACUUUGACCCUGCCAUUGAAGCUUGUGUGAAACUCUUUGUUGGUGUGUCUGUUGUAUCCUGCUUUGCUGCAGUAACAACUUUGAUAGUAGGCUGUGUAGUACAUAGAAAUGAGGAUAAGGCCAAUAAAGUUUUAAUUGCUGUAAGUACUCUAUUUUUCUUUGAUUCUAAGUUUGGUAAUCAAAUCAGAUAUGAAGUGACUAUACACUAACAACUUGUAAAUUUUUUUUCCUGCAUUGGUUUGAAAUUUUAAUUGUUCGAAAAAUAUCAAGUGUAUCCUCACAGUUCCUUAUUUGCUUUGUUUUUUAUUUAGGAGAUAUUUGUAGCUCUCUUAAUGGCAUUUCUCCUUGUCAUAAGCACAAGCCUCUGGCUUUACAACCUUCUUGAGUUGAGGAAAGAAGUUGAAGAUGAAAUAGUCAGUAUAAUCACAUCUUUAGGGCGUGAUCAGUGCAAGAACUGUGUGGAAUUCUUGCCAAGUUAUUCAGCAUUGUUUGCUUCAGUGGUGAGAUAUGUUUCUUUUAUAAAAUAAUAUAUUUAAAAAACUUCAUAGCUUAUUUUCAGGGUUUGUACACUUCUUCAGAAAUUCAAAGACUUUACAAGGACUGUCAAGGACCACAUUUUAAAUUUCAAGGACCAAAUAAAUUAACUUUUAUCACAGGUUCCAAGAAACUAUGAAAAUAUUUCAUCAUGCACAAAAGCAGCGUCAUCUAAAAUUUGCGUGUAUGAAAAAUGGUCUAGUGGCACAGUAACCGUUUUAGACCUCAGCCUUUUGCAUCACAGGCUGUUCAUAUUUGACUUUAAUUUCAUCCUCAAUGCCGAUUUUAUUCUGUUGGCUUCAAACUGGUAUUUGCCAAAGUUUUUUGGACGUUAGAAAAUGUCCCUCAAUUAAAAUUCAAGGACUUUUUUUACAACUAAAAUAAAUGAAAGACAAUUUCAAGGACUUUCAUGGCCUUGAAAAAGUAGUAACGCUAAAAUUCAAGGGUUUCAAGGAUUUUCAAGAUGCAUACGAACCAUGUAUUUUACAGUUUUCUUCAGGAAAGUCAUUGGUAUUAAUAUUGCAAUAUUUUGACCACUCCUAGUCUUCAUCAGAUGAUGGUGUUGAUUAGCACAUUUUGGGAAGUGUUAGUUGCACCAUGUCUUUUAGUUAUUGGUGCAUAUAAUUUUUUUAUCAUCAGCUAUAGGGACAGUGGCAGAUCUUGAUCUAUUACUCCCUUUUUGAAUCAUCUACAACCGUCAUUAAAAAGUUGUUUAUUAUAACAUUAAAAAAGGACAGGGGAUACAGUAGAACCUCGAUGUAACGAACCUCUAUAUAACAAAGUUCUCACUAUAAUGAACAAUUUUCUUUAUCCCAAUCAUAGUAAGAUACAUGAAACCUUGAUAUAGCAAACACAUUUUGCCAGUUCCUUGGCCCUUUGUUAAAUCGAGGUUCCACUGUACAUAACAAAAUGGUUGUCAGGGUUUUUAUGUGUGUGUGUGUGUGUUUGUGGGAAAGGGGGGGGGGGCAUUUAUUACAAGGAGGUUUAUAUCAGAAGGGGAUGAAUGUCCUGUAGGUGGACACCCCAGAACCAGAAAAAGUGUCUGCCUGAAGGGAAAGGGUGGUGGCCAGCUAAAGGUGGUGUUGGUUAGGCGAGGUUUUACAUUAGAGAAUGUGAUCAUAUUCCCUCUCUUGCAGAGCCUGGCUUACAUAUCAUUUCUGAUAUGGCUGUGUAACACUGUUAUGGUUUUCCUUGAAACUUUGCACCACUCUGCUGCUCAUAUUACAGACACCAGUUCUCUAGUGAUCACACAGGAGCUCACUAAUAAAUCACAUGAAACUGAAGAACAGACAUCUGCCACUUAGCAGGGAGAUUUUACUCUUUUUUGCCCUUUCUUCAAUAACAUGCAAACCCUUUCUAACAAACCUUAAUAAGGAGUAGUGAUCUCAUAGUUAUCCUUGAUCGUUACUUGUAAGUGAUAGAUGCAACAGGAAACAAGGAUAUUAAUUUCAAAGUUAAUUCCAUGGUUUUGAGUUUAUCUCUCUUGUACUGUUUUUAAAGGGCUUUUUUAUUACUUUAAUUGCUCCUAAAAUAAAUCUUGUUGGAUUAAUUUAAGUGUAAAGUUUUUGUAAGUUAUUAAAAAGCACUGCAAGGCUGCAUGCUACUAGGUGACACAGCCUGCUACAUUGUGGGCAUCCAGUCAUCAAAACUGAAGAAAACAACCAAAAGCUGCAGUCGUUAUCAAUAAUUUUAGAUAUCUGUUCACAGCCUUCCAUUUUCUCUUCUGUUUACUGUUAUGUAUGUGCAAACUGAAGUAAAGAGUUCAACAGGAGCACAACAGGUGAGGAAGUGGAAAGUGUGAAAAUAUUUUAUUUCAUCAUUAAUUUUGUCCUUCCAUACCAAACCUCCUUGCAGCUUAUGCUUUCUGUUUAGAAGUUCAGCUAUCCAGUUUUCAUUGACAAUACAGAGAUUCUGUGAGUAGUUUUGUUUUUGUUGUGGGUGAAGGUCAAGUGCUGCAAAAUUAUGCUCACUAGUUGUGUAAAAAUGUAGGUAGUUCACUCUGAAUUUGAGACUGUUCUGAUUCUUUUAAAUUUUACCAAUUACUAUUUUUGCAAAACGGCAGCAAUUGGGUCAUUGUGUAUAGUAUCACCCACUUAUAUAAUCUAUCAGUACACUUCUAUAGGGUAUGUAAUAUUCAGUUUCUGUUGUGAUAAGAUUAACCUAUUAAUCAUUACAAAGAAGAUUGUUUAACUUACUUCAAGGUAAAUAUUGUUGUAACUAGAG